UGACAAACAGGCAGACAGGCAUUAUGAGAUUGAACCUGCGAAUACGAUCGCGCGCAUCUCCCCGCCCCUUCCAUGUCUUUUCAGGCGGGAACUCAAGUCUGAGCCUACCGCGAAGCAUCAACACCGGUGGUACCCCUUGGACGAAGACAAAACGCGAUCUACACCCAAACACUCCGCAAUCCUUCAAACCCAAAUUCAACCCCCACGCCUACACCUCCGGCCACUGGCUCCUCAACAACCACGAACAACACUCCCUCCGGCACAUCGAGUUCGAUUUCUCCGCCCUCUGCCUGAAAAUCCAGGCCCUGUGUCCUGAAAACGGACCCAUCGUUAGCUGCGAGAAGCUCGAGGGCGGAAAUAAUCGCGUCUUCGUGUUCGCGCUGGAUGAUGGGAGACGCGUUGUUGCGAGGUUGCCGUUCCGGACGGCGGGGAGGACGGAUGUGCUUGUUAGGUCGGAGGUGGCGAUGGGGGAGUUUUUGCAAAGCAAAACGCAAACCCCCGUCCCGAAAAUCAUGGAUUGGUCCGACGACGUCGCGAAUCCUAUCGGCGCCGAGUAUAUCAUCAUGGAGUGUGUGUCUGGGGUCCAACUGCACCAGGCAUGGCGUGAUAUGUCCGGCGUUCAGCAGCUGAAGUGCAUACGGUCGAUUUACAAGGUCCUGAAGCCGGUCGUCGAGCUUUCUUUUCCAGCCUACGGGAGUAUCUAUUUUACGGGUGAUGUUGAGGCCUCUGUUGCGAGGGAUCUGGAUGAUAGGUUUGCUAUCGGGCCGCAUUGUAGCGCGAGGUAUUAUUGGGAGGCUGGCGUUAUGUCCAGUGAUAGAGGUGGUUCUGGCAGGGGGAAUCGGGGGCCUUGGGUUGACUUUAAUGCGUUCUGCGAUGGAUUAGUAGAUGCCGGUCUCUCGCGGCUUCCAUCACCAGAUCUGCCCGUGCGAAAGAGACCAUCCUUUUAUGGUUCUGUGCAGGAUCACAUCGAGCUACUGAGCCAUGCUCGUCGCGUGCUUCACGCCAUGGCGGCAGAUCCUCGAAUCAAACAAUGCGUCGCGCCCACGCUAUUCCACCCCGACCUACACAAGCGCAACAUAUUCGUCUCACGAGAAGACCCCACGGUCAUCACGGGGAUAAUCGACUGGCAAGCCGCCAGCAUAGAGCCCGCAUUCUGGUAUGCCGACGAAGUGCCGGACUUCGCAACAACGCGAGAUGAGCACCUCUGCCACCAAGCGUUCGACGCCAUCACACAACUCCAACUGCCCAAGAUCGGCCAGCCUCGAUCGAUGAACGCCAACCUCUUCCGACCGUUUCGAUACACGCACAAUACGUGGGCCAACGGGGCUGUGGCGCUUCGUCACGAUCUGAUCCAAACGGCGCAGUAUUGGAACGCGAUGGGGUUCGUCGGCACUUGUCCGUACGCCACCCCGACGGCGGAAGAACUCGCCACCCACCAGGAAGAGUACGAGUAUUUCAAAACCGUCUUUCAGCUAGAGCGUAUGCUAAUGGAGGGAUUGAACGUUCCGUCCGACGGCUGGGUUCCGCCCGAGGCAUGGGAGUUGACGCAGCAGGUGCAUAGGGAACUGUUCGACGAGUUUGUGCGGGCGGUCCUCGACGAUCCGGACGAUCACAUCAACAGCGAAGAAGAGGCGAGAAUAGUGUGGCCGUAUGAUAUUUGACGUGGUCAUGAACUACCUAGUAAUCGGUAAUGACAGUAAUCACCCAGCCAGAAUGCUGUUACCUAGCCUGGCCGUGCGUGAAUCGUUCAGCGACAGCUGUCAUAUCGAGUGUCGAGGCCGAUCAGGUGGAGCAAAUCAACGGUGGCUCAAGCGCUGAUGACGAACCCAGAUGACGAGGAGGUGAGAAGAUUCCGGAUGGCGGACAGCGACCGGGCAAAGGGGUGUUCGCAAUGGGUUAUGUACUGGGGUGUUUGUUGAUGGUUCUCUGGAUGCAUUGCGCGUGGCUGUACGCCUCUUCCACCGUCCGUCCCAUGGUUAAGAUCGCGAGGCUGCGAUGCGGUGGACUUUAGAUCUCGGCCGUAGACGGAGUACCACCGGCCAGCCAUCCGUGGAUCGACGAAACAAAACACAAAACAUACCGAAACCCCAGCAAAGCGAAACGCAAC